CCGGACUGAGCCCGGCCCUCCGCUGUGUGCUGGGGAAGCAUCCUCUGCAUAGUUCCGCGGCCGUGGACUCCAGAUCAUCAUUUCCAAAUACACUGGACUUUUUAUUAAGGAGAACGUCAAAAGGAACUCGGUCACAAUGAGACCCUAAAGAGGGUUAAGGAUUUAUCCUCGUAGCUCAAAACCACUGUGAAAAUGAGGCAACAUUCUGGAAAUUGAGAGACGUUGGCUGCUGAUCUGAAAAGCUGUACGUCUUCUGCUGCCUCAUCUUCCUCUCUACAGAAGCCAUAUCAUUGAGAGGGACAUUGACAUUUUCAGGUGGAGGCUUUCACUGUGUAUCCACUGGUCUGGAACUAAUUCUACUGCGUGCGAGGCGGAGUGCGGUGACCCCCCCCAUGCGGCGUUAGUGCGGCUCUGCCAUGCUGGCCUGUUAGCCAGGACCAGGGACCUCGCCUUCCAGCUUCUCCCUCAGCUGCAGAUGAACACUGGACUUCAGAAAUGGGAUACUACACAGAAGAUGAGAUCUGCUCAGCAUCCUACUCCUGCAGAAUUGGAUGCUUAUGCUAAGACGGUUGCCAACAAUCCUCUGACAAUAAAAAUCUUUCCAAACAGUGUAAAGGUUCCUCAAAGGAAGCAUAUCCGCCGCACCGUGAACGGACUAGAUACUUCAGGCCAGCGUUACAGUCCAUACCCUUCGCAGGUCAGCACAAAGGCAGGACUUUUGGCAAUUGUCAAGUCCCCAGCUAAAAGUGUUCUGAAAGGCUUUGACGGUGCACGUGCCCGGCUCUUGCCAGACUCUAUGAUGAAUCCCCCUUCCGCUCCAUAUGUUGCACCUAGCACUUUAAACCACCCUCAGGGGCUUGCACGCCCCCAGCAAGCUCUGCAGCAUGCGCAGGCCCUGCAGCACGCUCAGAGCAUGCAACAGCAGACUUUGUCACACUCGCAGAGCCUUCCACCUGGACUGCAGCAUCCACAAAGCUUGCCACACCCUCAGACAAUGCAGCACCCACAGGGCCUGCCACAGGGGCUGCAGCAUUCUCAGGGUCUGCAGAAUACGCAGAGUAUAUCACAGCAACAGGCUCUUCAGCAUCCGCAAAGUGUGCAACACACGCAAGGUGUGCAGCAUACACAGAGUAUGUCACAGGCACUGCAUCACGUGCAGGGACUUCCACAGACAAUACCACGCCAGCAGAGCAUGCCACAGGCUCUGCAGCACCAACAGAACCUCCCACAGGUCCUGCAGCACUCUCAGAGUAUGUCGCAGGCGCUGCAGCACACACAGGGAAUGCAGCAUCCGCAGAACAUGGGGUCUCAACAUUCGCAAAGCCUGCCCCAACAGUCUGCAUUACAGCAUGCCCCUGGAGUAAGUCACCAGACUCUGCCGCACCCUGCCAACAACAUUCUGCAGCCAGGUUUACAUGGAGCGCGAAAGUUGCCUGAUGCCGAUGCCCCUCCGAAUGUGACAGUGUCUACCUCAACAAUUCCUCUUUCUAUGGCUGCAACCUUGCAGCAGAACAGACCACCAGACCUUGGCAGCAUUGUGCACCAGAUAAACCAGUUCUGUCAGGCCAGGGCUGGCAUAGGCACUACCUCUGUUUGUGAGGGCCAGAUAGCCAACCCCAGUCCUAUCAGUCGUAACCUGCUUAUCAAUGCAAGUACUAGGGUUUCCACCCAUGGCAUCCCCAUGCCUUCAUGUGUUGGAACAUCCGUAGACCAUGCUGCUGCUGCUAUUUCCUCUGCUGCCUCGGGAAAUGUCCCCAUAAUGACCAUAAGCAGAGUGCCUGCUUCAUAUCCUGGUGAUCUUAAACCCAUGACAUGGAACCAACAUCAGCUUACACAUCUGCAACAAAUGUGUGGAGAAUCUGGUGGUCCUUCUGGGAAACAUACUCAGAGAGAAAUUGCUGCCCAGGGUUUUCCUGGUAAGCAGAUCCCCUACCAACAAGAACUGUGCAUGAGCCAGUCUUUUGGCCUAAAACCCCCAAUUGAAAAACCUACUCCUUCCCCUCCUGUGAAUGGAUUGCCGGGUCCCUUGCCGUAUACCAAUGGACACUAUUUUCAGCCCAUAUGGAAUAACAUUUUGCCUACUCCGAACAGCGACAGUUCGGGAUCGCAGGACCUUACCAUGCCUUUCCACGGAGCACAGGCGGCUGGCGCACCCUUGGAUUGUGCUGGGGGUGCUCACUAUAGAGGCGUUGGGGGAGGAUCAUCCAACCAGAACAGCUUGAUGCAGACCAUGGAUUACCUAACUGGAGUGGACUUUCAGCAGUCCUGCUUCAGAGAUCAGAGCAUGGCUCCACAUGCAAAGAUUCAAAGAUCCCAAAUGAGUAGAGCCCCUGAGUCAGCUGAUAGUCGAAGUAUUCACAUUCAGCAUCCAGGGUAUAGGUAGGCGCCGUCACUUUGCAACAGAGAGGAUUUAGUCUUAAUUGAUUAGCAAGGCUCUUGUAUCCUCUUCAUUUGCAAACUUCUUGUGAUCAUUAUAUG